AUGUGGUAUGGAAUGGCUGUAACAACACUGAGGGGUGCUUUUCAUGGUCCGAACAACAACGAGGUGGUAAGGGACUUGGAUAUGGGCAGCUGGAAUAGCAGCUGGACUGCAAUCACACAACUGGCCCACCAUGGAAUGCUCUUCGUGCCAAUAGGUUACACUUUCGGGGCCGACAUGUUCACGGUGGAAGAGAUAAGAGGCGGCUCUCCUUACGGCGCCGGAGUAUUCGCCGGCGGCGACGGCGGCAGAUCGGCCACCGAGGCGGAGCUUCAGCUUGCGGAACACCAAGGAAAAUAUAUGGCCUCCAUUGUCAAGAAGAUAGCUCAGUCUUCUCCCAAGCAAUAA